AUGGACCGCGAAGGUUGGCGGUGUGAAUGUGCUAGGGAGAUGGAACUUGCUCGUCUCUCUGGUCAUACCAGGAAACUUUUCCAUCUCAUUCGAGUCACCGAAGGUGUUCGAUCUGGUAUAAGUGAAACAAUAUGCGAAGAGGAUGGCACCUUAAUCACCAAUCUUCAACAACGGUUGGAGCGAUGGGCCGAACAUUUUGGCUCGCAGUUUUGUUGGCCCCCAACUUCAUCUGUUACCUCUGGCGCUCGCACUGGUGCCGAGUGGUCUCCCCCCCCCCCCAGAUCCUCCCUCUUACCGGGAAAUCGAGCAGAAGCUUUGCGACAUGAAGCGUUAUGA